UCUCGAUGCGCUAGAAGCACUGUGCCGCUUCUCGUGCUAUCUUUGCUUGUUACUUAGCUUAGCUCGCUAGUUAGCUUAGCUUGUUAGCUGCUAACAGAAGUUAUCAACACAUCGCUAAGUAGAGAUCAAGUGUGAGAGUAAAGUGUUGGGAUUGUGUGAAAAUGUCUACAUUACACACGUUGAGAGCGUUGGUGGACCAGCGACUAACUGCUGCCGUCGAAGAAAUAUUUGUAGUGUUAGAAAGAACGAUAGCAGAAUACGAGGCGGAACUUUCUAGAACAAAAGAGGAGCACUAUCAACUACUGGACGCUGUUUUCAAGAAACAUGAAGUUGUGUUACACAGAACAGAUGUCGAAGAAGAACCUCUACCGCAUGAGGAGGAGGAGGAACCACAGACCCCCAACAUACAUGAGGAAGAAAAGCUACCACAUUCCCAACACAUUAAAGACAAAGGAGAGGAGCCACAGCCACCCCACAUUAAAGAGGAAGAGGAGGAACACAGCAUCAGUCAGGAGGGAGAUCAUAUUGAAGGACUGGUGGAGUUCCCAGUGACUGGUGUCCCUGUGAAGAGUGAAGAUGAUGAGGUCAAAGGUGAAAGUGAGAAGAAGAGAGAGGCGGAGCCUCCAAGCAGCAGCUCAACACAACACAUGACAACAGAAGCUGAUGGAGACCACUGUGGAGGAUCACAAGCAGACAAGCUCUUAGCUCCACUAUCAGAUAGUGAGGACACAACGUCACACUCUCCUGACACUGAUGAUGAAGACUCUAAAGAUGAUAAGACAUGUCACACUGACAACACUCGCUUCAAAUGUUCUCACUGUGACAAAACCUUCAAAUACCGUUGUCAUCUGAAAACACACAUGAGAAGACACACCGGAGAAAAACCUUUUACCUGUUCAAUCUGUGGUAAAUGUUUAGUAAGAAGUGGAAAUUUGACAUUACACAUGAGAACACACACGGGAGAAAAACCUUUUAUCUGUUCACUCUGUGGUAAAGGUUUUGUACAAAGUUACAAUUUGAAAGUACACAUGAGAACACACACUGGAGAAAAACCUUUUUCCUGUUCAACCUGUGGUAAAGGUUUUACACAAAGUCAGAAUUUGAAAGUACACAUGAGAACGCACACUGGUGAAAAAUCACAUUGCUGUUCAAUCUGCAACAGAAGCUUUUGUGACCGAUCAAACCUUGUAGCACACAUGAGAAGACACAAGAGAGAAAGUGUUAAGUUGCAGUGUGUGUGGUGAAAGAUUCUCUUAUAAGAAGCAGUGUAAGAAACACAAGUGUGCUGGUGAGAACAGCAGCAGCAAAUGAAACUGCAGGAUUUGAAAUAAACUGUCAAGACUUUAAUUUGGACUUUCUAACAACAUCAGCACAAAUAACAUGUGUGACAUUGUUGUUUGUGUAACAUUCUUUUUAAUAUGCUUCUACAUUUAUAAAUUGGAUAGUUUGAAAUAUGGAAAUAUUACAUAUUUCUAUUUCUAAUUGUCAAUAAUCCAAUAGAUUAGCUCCUUUAUAUGAUAUACAUAUGUACUGGUUCACAUCUGAAACAUCUUCUGGACCACUUCAGGAAGCAUAUUAUUAUUUACUUUAUACAUCAUUUGAACAGUUGUCUUUUAUUAACCUUUAAAAUGUGUGACUUUAGGAAUCAUUUGUUGGGUCUUUAUAAUCCAUUUGAUUAAUUAUCUUUAUUAAUCUCUUUUGUAAUAUGAUGAUUGUGUUGUGAUUGUUUUAUAUGUAUGUCCCCAGACCUUUUAUGCAAUAUAAAAGUGAAGGAAAAUGGCUUAAUUG